CCAUUUUUAUAUACAUGGCUGGACGUUUUGAUGGUAAGUCCCUCACAACUAUAUUUGCUGCUACAUCUUAUAGCUCUUAGUGAUGGACAAAGGACCAAAUUUAUUAUCUUAUUUAGCAUCCAGCGAUGGGUAAAAGGUUACAUAUCUUUGCAUAUCUUCAUCACACUGACUCUUGGCAAUGAAAGAAAGGUUAGAUUUCUACAUAUUUUAUCUCACUAACUCUUGAAAGUGAACAGAGAGUCAACGCAGUUCGGUGCAUUAGCGUGAAGCCAGUAACAUUUGCAACCCUACAUUUGCAUGGUGGUGCGGUGCUCGAUGGACAAUAACAACCAAGAUCACCCUCUGACGACGCACAAUAUGGCAAGAGCGUUUGUCAAUGAUAUCACACUUUGUCGUACCGGAGGUGUCACGCCUCAAAAUCCAUAUCCGGGGAUGCGACAGACGCCGUGCACUCGUGAGAGGGUCCCACAAAUGCACAAGGCUCGGAACUUAUCAUAUCACAAUCUGAUACCACAAAAAUCUGAAGAUAAAAUCUUAAAAUCUACUCUGGUAUCAUAAAAUCUCCAAAUACACUCGAGUUUACAAGAUCAUAAUUUAUAUCUAAAUCUAUGCUCAAUUUACGAGAUGGCUAGCAUUUUAACUCGUCACUUCCUGUGGUUUCUCCGUCCUCGGUUUCGCUUCCUAAAAUGAUGGACAAGGAAAAAUUAUGAGAUAAACUCAGUAAGUAAAUAUGGAGUGCCCUUAUUAAAUUUAUAGCAUGCCAACAAGUGCAAUUAUGAAAAAUAGAUACAGUACAGGAACGAAAUACACGUCUCCUCUAUAGGUCACGACCAGUGUUAUAAACCUCCUACUGACAGGCUACAGUAUUUGCUGGUGUAUAAUCCCCACUAGCAGGGCAAUAGAAACGAACCAGUUCUAUCAAUAACAUGUCGACAUGUGAUAGCGUUUAACCCCCACUAGCAAGGUCACUAAUAACAUGACCACAUCGGAAACAAAACAAGUAGAAAUUAACAGAAAAAUCAUAAUUCACCAAUCACUUUCAAAUCAUCAGGACAAUCAAUUAAAUUUCAAGUAGGCAUGCUCAAUUUAAUGAAAAGCAUAAAAAUUUCACUUCAAAUCAAUCAUACUUUCUUUUGUAUAAAACAGGUUUAGUCUCGCCACCACUUCAAAAACAAAUCAAAACAUGCUUUUAAAAACUGUACGGGCAUUACCAUAAAUUUACUUACCUCAC